UGCCACUUCCAGUUCCAAUAAUGGGAAUGAACGCUUGACCAAUAUCUUGCCAGUUUGUAGUCCUUGGUUGCUGAAAACACAUCUGUCCAAUUGCCUUCCACGGGGACUUUUGUGCUGCCGGAGUUUCGUUUUUUAGAAAAGAUAAAGUCCUUAAAGGAGGGAACUAUUGGAACUCAUGAUCAUUUCUUUAUGCUGGAGUUUCAUGUUCGCUUUCCGAUUACGAGAUGUAUUGCCUUUUGCUGUUGAUCCUCUUACUUUGCGGCAAGGCGAAAAGUCAAGAUAACGUGUUCACUAUCAAUAAAGUUUCACUCCAGGCUUUUCCACAAAAUGAAGUGCGCAAUGGAGAAACACUCAUCCUCAACUGUUCUGUGGACAUUAGCAAGAAUGAACAUUUCCGACUGAAUUACACAUUUUCAUUUUUCAAGGAUGGUGAGCUUCUGUUCACUAACACAGUUGAACAAGAUAGCGCCCAGUAUACAAUCUCACAGGCUAGAUUUUCUUCAUCAGGAGACUAUGAAUGUUCAUUAAGUGUUGAGGAGAAAAAAAAAUCCAGUGAUUCUUUGCUCAUUAAAGUUGAAGGCAUAAUGAAGCCGAUAUUGAAAGCCCAGAGAACAGCAGUGAUGGAAGGUGAAAAUGUACUUUUACGCUGUGAAGUGCCAGAAGAAAAGCCACCUUUUUAUUUCACAUUUUACAAAAAUGCACAGUCUGCAAAUGGAGUUGUUCAUGACAGGAAACGAACAUCGCAACAUGAAAAUUUUGUUGAAUUAGAAUUUCCCAUCGAUGCCGGAGACAGUAUUUUAUAUUUUGAAUGUGCUGUCCAGAUGAAUUCAAUGGCAGGAUCUCAAACAUCAGAGCGCAGUAAUAGAACAAUUGUCACCGUUACUGAACCAUUUUCUGUUCCUAAAAUAACCAUCAACCCACCACAGAAUAUUACUGAAGGGGAUAAGGUCUGCAUAACAUGUUCAACUGUCCUACUUCGCCAGGAUCAAACUGAAAUUAUUUUGCAGAAAAAUAAAACAAUUCUGAAUAGCACCAAGGGCAGAGAAACCCUAACGUAUUGCAAGGUAGUCAAGAUGGAAGACAAUGGCAAUUAUAUUUGCAAAGUGGAGCAUAGAAGUGUAUCUAAAAUCAACAAAGAAGAACUUGUGGUGGCUGAACUGUUUUCCAAACCGAUGUUAGUGGUUAAUAAUACCAGGUGGGAUGAAAACAGCAUGGUACAAAUUCAGUGUCAAGUGAACGGUUCCAUGCCGAUCAGUCUCUCGCUCAUAAAGGACAACAAAAUAUUGGUAAACUCCAGCACUUACAGGGCUAAACUUCGUGUACCUGACAGUGGAUUCUAUAUGUGUAGAGCAGAGAUAAACAACAUUUCCAAGGAAAGUGACCCAGUGUUUAUCUACGUUUAUGCUCCAGUUUCUCUGCCUGUCCUUUCUCAACCAUUUUCCCAAGUAGCUGUAAUGGAGAAGUUCUUUGUCUUACAAUGCUACUCAAAAUUUGGGACUCUGCCUAUCACGUACUCCCUUUACAGAGGGAAUGUCCUUAUCAGGCAGAUUAUGACUGAAGAAAACAUACCAGCAAAUUUUACGGUGAAAGCCUCUAGCAUCCACGAGUCUGGACAAUACAGCUGCCAUGCUAAGAACGGCCACUCUUUUUCACAACAAAGCAAAGGGCUAAAUGUCACAAUAAUAGCUCCAGUUGUUAACAUAACUUUUGGAAGAAAACCACAAGAGAACAUAGAAGAUGGCAGCGACCUCCUAUUUUUCUGCUCGGUUGAAUCAGGAUCCUUCCCUAUUGAGUUCCACUUUUUUAAAGAAAAUGACGGCAAAUCCUUAUAUCAGGUCACAGAAAAGAAAAAACGGACAGUUUUUUGGGAAAAGAGACGCUUCACAAGCCAGGAUGAAGGGAGUUACUUCUGCAGAGCUGACAACCAAGCAAAAUCUUUUGUGGAAAGCCAGAAGAUCCUAGUCAAGGUUGUCAUGGCUUCGUGGAAGAAAGGACUUAUUGUAACCACAAUCCUCCUGAUUUUUCUUGCUGCUAUAAUUACAAUCAUUUGGUUGAAUUGUCGUUUGAAAGCAAAGGCAAAAAACAUUUCUACAGAGUUGGCUGUAUCCAAAAGAGCAACCAAUUCAGUGGAUGGGAAACUGACAACAGGACAUAAUAAUGAAGGAGAAUUCUAUUAUGGUUCAGAGUAUAAUGAAGAUGACGAAAAAAAUCACAUCAGUGCAAAAGAGGAUAAUAGAGGAUCUGAACUUGAAGCUCCUGAAGUGGAAUAUACAGAAGUUCAAGUAUCGGUGCCUCCCCCUUACCGAGCUCCUGUAACAAAUAAUGAGACAGUUUAUACUGAAAUCAGAAAAACUAUUAAUGAUGCUGAGGAGAACAGACAUUCUAGAAUAGAACCUUCUCCUGACGGGACUUAGGAAAAGAUGGCAGAGGAAAUCCGUGAAAACAAGAUGGAGGAUGUCCUACCAGUUCCACUUAUUCUGCAGCAUUUAGGUGCUUUCAGAAGUCGCACUUUGCUUGAGCGGUUGGUAACCCCUGUGGGGUGAACCGAGCAUCUACAGUAUACAGUACUUUUGCUGUUUGCCAUUGCCAUCCCAUAACCUAGUGAGGCACACUUUCCAAAUGAUUGUUCCAUAUUUUUUUUAAUGCCAUUCUUAAAUGGAAGCAUGUAUUUACAAGAAGUAUUUGCCAUCUUAGUUGGUUGUUCUGAAUCAUUCAAGCCAGAAAAUAAACCUGCCAAGAUACAUUAUCUGGUAGUGACUUCCCUGUCCUAGAACACCAUGCAAGCAGUCUGGCAAUGAAUUUGCAGGCACAACACUGCUGGUGUUUCAACAUUUCAAAGCAGUGGCUUCCAGAUUGAAAUGUGGUCUACACGAAAACAUCUUUUACAUAGAAAGCAAAAUGUUGUGUAACAUUUCAUGUUACUUUUGCACCAUCAAUGAAAUGUGUCAGUUCUCCUUGGCCAGAUAAGUGGCAAGAAAUGUUUAAUCAUGCGCCUUUCUCCUGUCACAAAUAUCCGUUUGCAAUGGACCAUAAAAAUGCCCUUAAAGGAGCUGCCAUUUGAAAUGUGCAAUUAGAAAGAGCUAUUACUUGCUCUAACAAAUAGCUCUCCCAUUACAUCUGAUUCCUCAGAACUGGACAUGUCCCAUAAGAACCAAAUGCCAUUCUGACAAUAGCUUUUAAAUAAGUACAAAGAAUUUGACAUCCCCCCCCCCCGCCAAGAGACUAAUCAAUUGCAGUGCAGCCUUGAAUUUUAAUUGCUGCUUGUCAGAUAAUCUCAAAUACCUUCUUUGAACUCUAAAAUCCUCAUGGCUGGUGAGCUGCUUGGUUAUGCCUAGAAAACCAAGGCCUGACAAUAAUCAUGAUAGUAAUGUUAAAUGUUAAAUUACACAUCACUCUAAGCCUUAGAGUCUAAGGCAUGAUUUACUUAAUCAUGGUUUCCUAAGUCACAAUGAUUUGAUUCCCAAAAUAUGAUAAGCCAUCACCCGCAGCCUAUGAUGAAGUAUUCAAUAAGCCAAGGUUAAGUGAUACAUACUGUAUAUAAUACUGACACUGUGCACAGAUACUAGACUAAACAAAUAUGGGAACAAAACAGUAUCAGGAGCUUAUUUCCUGUCUGUUUCCCCAAUACACAUUCAACAUAAUCAGUGUUCAUAGGAUCUUGAUGCAAUGACUAUAUGUAUGUAUUAUUUCAAAAGUUACAAGAAAAUAAAUGGAGGAAUAGCUAGUUGCAUAGACCCCAUGCUAUCUGUGGUAUCCAUUCAGUCUAUUCCAAGGUAGCUUUUGCAUAAACCAGAGGCUCUAGGACAGAGGUGUCAAACUCACAGCCAGAUGCGUCACGAGCUGGCCACGCCCACCCCCGGUUUAACGAAGGGGGGGAAAGUCCCAAUAUGUCACGUGACAGCAAUGUGACAACGUGAGUUUGAUAUCUCUGCUCUAGGACAAUUGCAGCAUUCUUGAUUCUCUGCCAUGUUGGCUGGGCCUGUGGGAAUGGCUGUGUAUCCUGAUUGGAGAAUCACAAGUCUUCCAACAUUGUCUUACUUUCUUGGAACAAUCCUUGGACCAUAUUUGCCUAUAAACUGCUGUUUUUGCCAUUGCUGCUUCUGAGGCGCAAAUCUCUGGAGAGCAGCCUCUUGUUGACAAUUUGCCGCUGAAAUAAAUUAUCCACAUUCGAGUCUGAGUGAGGUUCUGUCAUUCAAGUUUACCUCAGUGUUAACUGAUGGGAAGAAUGAAAUCCGAUGUUAAUUUGUAAUAUAUAUCCCAUAUGGCUUUCAUUUAAGUGCAUUGUAUUGAGUUAAAGACAAGAAAGUUUUCGGCAUAAUCUACUGUGCCAGUACAAAUGCAGGAUUAGCCAUAUUGAAAGAAGCUAGUGAACAAAUCCUCAAAGAUAAUGCUUUAAGAAAGUAGGCUUUGCUUAAAAAUCAAGAUAAAUGCCUCAGUGGUAAAAGCAGUUCAAAAUUAAAUCAAUUAUGGAGACAGAUAGUAGCUUCUCCUUUACUGGAGUUUUUCAAGCAGAUGUUGGCCCAACACUUAAGGAUGAUGUAGCUCUAGCUCUCCUGAACUCAGCAGAAGGCUGGACUUCAUGGUCUACAAGAGCUUUUGUUUUUAUGAUAUCUCAGAUGAAAUCAUGCUGCAGAAUCUUUGCAACAUCCCUGAUCAAUUCUAUAUUUCAUUAGUGUUUAGAAACAAGCACAUACACACAAUCCAACAUAACAAAGAAAAAAAUAUUACUAUUGGCAAUACAUGAAUAAAUCCUAAUGUACCAUAAAGUCAAGUGUUAAACUUUUGUUUUCUGUUAAAUGGUGUGUAAACAAACAUUGUGAUUAUUCUCAUGGUCUCUGUAGAUUCGUAACAUCACUUCUAACAUGAAAAACAGUGUCCAUGUUUCAAGAAACUUUAUGGUGACUCAUAGAAAGAGUGAGGCUAUUUAGGUCCUCAUUAGCAAAAUAUUAAAAUGAUGUACCCCAGCUUUUAAGCACAACAUGAAAUCAUGCUACAGAAUCUUUGCAACAUCUCUCUUGAUGUGCAUACAAAAUCCAGACCAUGCUUUCCUAUUCAGAUGUUAUUCUAUAUAAUUUGAUGUGGUAUUUUAUUAAAGAAAUAAUUUGAAUGCUA